CCAGCCUGCCGCGUCAUGUGCACGCCCGCCACCUCCUGCAGACGCUAUAACCUCACAGCGUAGUGUACGCACCUCCGUCGCCAUGGACACAAUUGCAGUUGCGCCUAAGGGAGCGUCCCUGGCAUCCCCCAAGGUUGUUAAAAACUCCAAGGGGGCCAUUGUACCCAGCAGUCAAAUGGCGCAUAUUGCGUACGGUUGCGAACACAUGGGCGAGAUGCUCGAGAAUGCGCGCAAAGCAACCUUCCACAACUACCGGCAGAUACUCCAAACCAUUUUCGAGAAACCGAGCGUAAUAGCCCAGACGCACAAGGGAUCGAGCGAUGGCCGGCCUGUCGUUUCGCUCCGCCCUACCUACCUUUGCCUACAGUGCCCCAAUAUCAUGACCGAGGCGGAUCGAGACGAGCAUAUAGAUUCCAAGAGACAUGUGUUUGCUGUUGAGUCGCGAGGCGGGCAUGUUUACUGCGGUGACUGCCAGGAUUUCAUAUACGAUCCCGAUCUUGAGUCUAAGCGAUUACAGAAAGGCAAGAAGCGGAAAUUCGAAGACACAACCACGACCGACGAGCAUAAACUCAUCAUUAACAAUUCCACGUUUCUUCCUUGUCGCGCGAUCGGCCUCCGAGGUCUAUACAACAUGGGCCAAACAUGUUUCAUGAGUGUCAUCUUGCAGACGCUCAUGCACAACCCUUUCAUACGGAAUUACUAUCUAGCGGAAGGGCACAAGACAGCGGAGUGUGAGCGCGAAUCAUGUGUUAGCUGUGCUUUGGAUGAGAUGUUUGUCGAAUUUCACUCUGCCGAGAAAACGGAGGGAUUCGGCGCCGUCAACAUGCUCAUGGGCAGCUGGCUGGCAGGAGAGGCACUAGCAGGGUACCAGCAGCAAGACGCUCACGAGUAUAUGCAAUUCAUGCUCAAUACUCUCCAUCUUCAAAACGGUGGAUCCUCGGAUUCCGAAGAUUGUACGUGCAUUGUGCACCAAACAUUCCACGGGAAGCUCUCCAGCACUGUCACUUGCGAUAGUUGCCGCAACACCACUACCGCUCUCGAUCCGUACAUGGACCUCAGUUUGGAUAUCAAGAAUUUGCCUAAGAAGCGGAAGCUUGAAACAGGAGCUGGAAGCGACACUCAGCUAGAUCUGAGAGAUUGUCUCGACAGAUUUACUGGCAGGGAGAAACUAGGUUCCGCUGAGUAUACGUGCAGAAAUUGCGAUGGAGGACAGAACGCCGUGAAGCAGCUAAGCAUCAAAAUGUUGCCGCCCACACUAUCAAUACAUCUCAAGCGAUUCGAGCACUCCAAAUCCACGUCUUCCAAGAUCGAAACAAAAGUCUCCUUCCCUCUCACCAUUGAUCUCUACCCUUAUACAACCCAGUACCGCUCCACCCAGGGCAAAGGCGCAAAAUCUUCGUCUGCACCAACGCCAUCAAACUAUAACAUCAACGCCCCCACCAACUCCCUCAUCUACGAACUAUCCGCCGUUGUCGUGCACAAAGGCAAGAUGGACUCUGGACAUUACAUCAACUACUCGCGAGAGGGAAAUGAUUGGUUCGCGUUUGACGACAGCAAGGUCGUUCUUGUCAGCGAAGCCGAGGUGCUUGCCGCCGAAGCGUAUUUGCUGUUCUACAUGAUCGGCAGUCUGAAUGUCUGA